AUGGCCACCAUCGCAGACCUUGCAGAAAAUACCAUAUGUAUCUUAGAUGGUAGGGAGACACUUGCCAUCAUCUCCAGGGAACUCAAGGAGUCCAGUGAGUGGAAGAACAUGAUGCAAGAGGAGGAAGAUGAUUUAAUGGAAGACAUCGAAGUUGAAAACAUGUCCAAGGCUCCAAUAAAGAUCUACACCAAGGAUGUUGCAAUGGAAAUUGCAAAGACUAUGGGUAAUAUUGAUCCUGAGAUCAUAGUUCUUGAAAAAUGCACUGGUUGCAAUGUGUUCUGGGGUCUGACAAGGAACACACCAAAUGACAAUUUCAGACCACAAAGCUAUGUGUCUGACCCUGUCAAAAAUGUGCGUCUUGCUCUGUUUAAGCUUAUGCCUGAACAGAUAGUUGUCAACAUCAAUGCCUACAUUGUGUCAGGUGUGGAAGGUGUCAUUCGCACCUGA